AUGGCGUACACCGAUAGACAGGUCUAUGCACCAGGAUAUUUUUUAAAAGCAAAUUCCGAUGCAGCAGGCAAAAACAGAAAAUUAAACCACCAUAAUGAUCCAACAAUUACAAACAGAACCAACUUAGAUUCGAGUGCAGGGGACGAAACAAACACGAACAUGAGCACACAGGCGAGUGGAUAUAUUGACGAGUACAAAAGUAGUAGUUUCACGGAUGAUCCCAAAAUAAACGAGGAUGAAUGCUUUAUAGCUACUAUCAAGGGUGAUGAUGAAAGACUUGCGAGAUAUCUCGACGAUGUAAACACUACGGAUAAG